AUGGAUACAGAAAAGACACAAAGCAUACUACAACUCUUAUCAACACCAGGUAAACCAAGUCCCAAUCCCAGACCAUUAUCAUCCUUCUCACAUUCUCAUAAAAUAUCUAAACCAAAACAUAAAUAUCAAUCUCAUCCAACAAUAUCAUAUUUUAGAUCUAUUUCAUCAAGAAGAGUACAUACUCCAGAACCUGAACUUCCCUGUGAAUCACCACAAACUUUCCAACCAUAUAAUAGAACUCAAUUACUAUCUAGAAUUCAAAGUUUUAAUUCAAAUGGUGGGAUUGGUCCCUUGGGUUUUAAGAUUCCAUUAACACCACUUGAUAUUUCACGCAAUGGUUGGUCAUGUAUACAUAGAAAUCAAAUACGAUGUGUAUCAUGUCAUACUGUCUUUCAUUUAAAAUUCCCAGAUUUGGAAAGUUUUUCAAAAUCAAUGAAUUUUGGUGGUGAUGAAAUUGAUGAAGAAUAUUAUGAAGCUGUUAUUCAAGGACUUUGUGAGAAGUAUAAAUUAGAAUUAAUUGAAUCUCAUGGUAAGAAUUGUCCAUGGAGGAAGAUACAAACUCCUAAAAAUUGUUAUGAUUUGAAUGUUGAUGCUAAAUAUCUUGAUAAUUACAAAAUACAAGUACGGGAGAUACAUGAUGUUAACAUUAAGACUAAAUAUAUUGAAGAUGAAGAUAUACUAAUAAAAUGGUGUGAUGAAAAUGAUGUUAAGUAUGAUAAUAUUGAUAUCUUGAAGUUAGUAUUGUUAGGAUGGAAACCAAUUCAAUUACCAAAUGGUUUAUUAUUAUCAUGUGGAUCAUGUGGUCGAAGAUUUAUAACCACAGAUGAAGAAAUUGAUUUAAUUGAUCAACAUAAUGAUUGGUGUUGUUUUAAUACAAGUUAUCCAAAAGUUCUUGAGUUUAUGAAAUCAUUAUUUAAAAAGGAAACAACAGAUGGUUAUGAAAGUGAAGAUGAUAUAAAGACAUUACAAAGAUUAGAUAAAUUAAGAAAAAUUAUAUUUUAA